AUGCGAGGACUGGCGGCUUGGGAGGCUGAUGCCGUCGCUUUCCAUGGCCGAACGGGCAUGUUCAUUCCCACCCCGUCUUCGACAUCAUCAUCACCGUCGCAAACCCCCAACUUCCCUGCAUACGUCCGCGCGAAUCCGCGACACACGCAAACACUCCUCUGCGACGAGGCUGCGUGGUCCACUGUAGACUCACGAUGCCGAAAGUACGCGCGACGGGUUCUGAGGCCGGGGCUACGACGCGGGGCCAAGCGUUCAACGUUCAACGUUCAGCGUUCAGCGUUCAAACGUUCGAGACUCAAGGCUCAAGGCUCAACGACCCUGUUCACGCACCAUGAAUGCCUCUUCGUCGUCGACUACUUCACUACUUCGGCUCCUCGAAAUGCAGCCCCGAUUCCCGCUCGCAUACUCAUACUCUCUUCCCUCCUCCAUCGUGCGCCGUGCGCCGUGAAUCGCGAAUCGCCACUCAUGCCACCCAUGCGGCCCUGGAGGCCUGAGGCGCGCGGGUGCCGUUCGCAACAUGAGAGCGAUGCGCCGCCAAUGUGCACCGGAUCUCGGAUCCCUGCGGAGAGCGUCCGCAUCUGA